AUGACAGGAGGACAUGACAUGCUGAAGAAUAGUCUGAUGGAUGACUACGAUAAAGAAUGUACAAAAGAAGUAGUAAGACUUAGAGUGGUAAGCAAUAAUGACUCUGUACAUGCAUGUGAUUGUCUAGUUUUCAACGAGCUCUGCAGGACGCAAUUUCUUCGUGAAGAUUUCCGAUCAGAGCCGAAGGACACUCGUUUGGCUGCCGGCGAAACUGCUUUAUUAGAAUGUGGCCCUCCGAAAGGAAAUCCAGAACCAACACUGACAUGGCAAAAGAACGGUGUUACAUUAGAAUUACAAUCACCACGUGUAAGAGUAGUCGAUGGAGGAAAUUUAAUGAUCAGAGAAGUCAGAACAAGUGAUCAGGGCAGAUACAGAUGUGUUGCCCAAAAUAUGGUCGGACAGAGGGAAAGCAUUGAAGCCAGACUUACCGUACAUGUAAAACCGUAUCUAAUAAAAGAACCUCGAGACCAGACUGUCCUGGUAGGGCAGAGUGUUCGGUUCGAAUGUACUGCUGGAGGUGAUCCUCAGCCUACUAUCAUGUGGCGUAGGGACGAUGGCAAGAUGCCAGUAGGCAGGGCGGGGGUCCAGGAUGACAAGUCUCUAAGAAUUGAUGCAGUGACGGCGAAUGAUGAAGGGACUUAUGUUUGCGAGGCUGAUAAUUUAGUUGGGAGCGCCCAGGCUAAGGCGGUGCUGGUGGUCAAUGUUCUUCGUGAAGAUUUCCGAUCAGAGCCGAAGGAUACUCGUUUGGCUGCUGGAGAGACUGCUUUAUUAGAAUGUGGCCCUCCGAAAGGAAAUCCAGAACCAACACUGACAUGGCAAAAGGUAAUAAAAUUAUAA